AGUCAAGUAAACACACAGCAUGCCAUGGAUUCAUCUAAUGGAAAAACUGGUUCAAAGUUAUUGUUAAGAAUGGUUUCUCGUAAUGGCCCACCCACAUUUAUCAAUAACACUAAACGAGCAGUUCAGCUUCACUGUGUUCUGGCUGAACUAAUGAAAAGAGAGUCAUUCUGAUUUACUCUGCAGCAGCAACUCAGAUCACUCUGACGUCUCCAGGAGCAGUCUCCCACAAUGAGGUUUCCAAUCUCAUUGUGCGUGUUAUUACUCCUGUUGGUUAAUGAUGUCAUGAACAUCAGUGUUUCAACUGUGACUCCACAGACUGCCUUGACUGAUGUCAGAACUCCCGUCUCUGAACCGUGCACUCAGUACAGUAUUCUUGAUGAUGGCUGGAGAGGUUUACAGGUACUCGGCCACAACUCUCCAUUCAAUGUCCACGAUGACACUCUUGUUGAAUGGAGCGGUUGGUAUCGGCUGUAUUUGAAUGGCACAAGUGCUCAGCUCUCUGAGUGGUGUGUGAGUUACUCAGAAUGUGGUGGUGGAACUGGACUGUAUCUCAAUGCCUCUCAUCCCAAACUUGAGGAUGGAGUGGUGACCCGUGAUGUGUUAGGAAUGUCAUCAGGGUGGUCUUUCAGUCAAUGUGGCAACUAUAGAUCCAACUCCAUCCAAGUCAAAGCCUGCCCAGGAGAUUAUUACGUCUAUGAACUCGUCAAACCAAGCACAUUUAUGCCUAGGCCUACAUACUGUACAGUUGCUUUUAACAACAUUAGUAAUGAUCCUUGUUACAACUAUGAAUCUCUGGAUCGUCCCUGGAGAGCCACAAAUGAAAGUGGAUUCUUCAUCUGUGAUGGUGCUUUCCCCUGGAACGGCUGGUACCGACUUUUCUGCAAUGGAAUGAACAUCCGAAUGCCAGAGAGCUGUAUUGGUGCAAACGGAUGUAACACACAAAACAGUCUGUCACUCAACGGUCCUCACCCUCAGAUAGAAGAUGGAGUGGUGAUCAGGGAGCUCUGUGGAAGCGUAGGGUUUGGCUGCUGUGCUUUCAGAUCAACACCUAUCAGAGUCAAAGCUUGCCCAGGCGAUUACUAUGUCUAUGAAUUAUCUGAUCCAUCAUUCCCCUGUUCAGGAUAUUGUAUAGAUGUCAGCACACUAUCUCAGCUUCCCACUACAAGUCCAGCUGCCAUCACUGGAUCCAGCAUUACCUUGAUCAAUUCAGAUUAUGACCCGUGCUAUAACUACAACAGUCUUGACAAUCACUGGAGAAGCACACACAACAACUGGUUGGCGGAUGAACAUGCAUACGAUGACUCUCGUGUUCACUGGGAUGGCUGGUAUCGACUCUUUAUCAAUGGGUCAAGUGCUGAGAUUCCUGAAAGGUGUUUCUCUCAUAUGUCAUGCGGAGGGUACGUUUCACUUUGGCUUGGUGACCCUCAUCCACAACUUGAAGAUGGAGUUGUUACUCGAAAGGUCUACGGCUCCAGUUAUCACCAGUGCAACAACUACAGAUCAGACCCAAUCCAAGUCAAAGCCUGUCCUGGCAAUUACUACGUCUAUAAACUUAUUAGGCCAAAGCUAACAAUCCCAGCUCCAGUAUAUUGUGCAGAUGUCAGAACUCCCGUCUCUGAACCGUGCACUCAGUACAGUAUUCUUGAUGAUGGCUGGAGAGGUUUACAGGUACUCGGCCACAACUCCCCAUACAAUGUCCACGAUGACACUCUUGUUGAAUGGAGCGGUUGGUAUCGGCUGUAUUUGAAUGGCACAAGUGCUCAGCUCUCUGAGUGGUGUGUGAGUUACUCAGAAUGUGGUGGUGGAACUGGACUGUAUCUCAAUGCCUCUCAUCCCAAACUUGAGGAUGGAGUGGUGACCCGUGAUGUGUUAGGAAUGUCAUCAGGGUGGUCUUUUAGCCAAUGUGGCAACUAUAGAUCCAACUCCAUCCAAGUCAAAGCCUGCCCAGGAGAUUAUUACGUCUAUGAACUCGUCAAACCAAGCACAUUUAUGCCUAGGCCUACAUACUGUACAGUUGCUUUUAACAACAUCAGUGAUGAUCCUUGUUACAACUAUGAAUCUCUAGAUCGUCCCUGGAGAGCCACAAAUGAAAGUGGAUUCUUCGUCUGUGAUGGGGCUUUCACCUGGAAUGGCUGGUACCGACUUUUCUGCAAUGGAAUGAACAUCCGAAUGCCAGAGAGCUGUAUUGGUGCAAACGGAUGUAACACACAAAACAGUCUGUCACUCAACGGUCCUCACCCUCAAAUAGAGGAUGGAGUGGUGAUCAGGGAGCUCUGUGGAAGCGUAGGGUUUGGCUGCUGUGCUUUUAGAUCAACACCUAUCAGAGUCAAAGCUUGCCCAGGCGAUUACUAUGUCUAUGAAUUAUCUGAUCCAUCAUUCCCUUGUUCAGGAUAUUGUAUAGAUGUCAGAACACUAUCUCAGCUUCCCACUACAAGUCCAGCUGCCAUCACUGGAUCCAGCAUUACCUUGAUCAAUGCAGAUUAUGACCCGUGCUAUAACUACAACAGUCUUGACAAUUACUGGAGAACCACAUACAACAACUGGUUCGCGGAUGAACAUGCACACGAUGACUCUCGUGUUCACUGGGAUGGCUGGUAUCGACUCUUUAUCAAUGGGUCAAGUGCUGAGAUUCCCGAGUGGUGUUUCACUUAUAUGUCAUGUGGAGGGUACGUUUCACUUUGGCUUGGUGACCCUCAUCCACAACUUGAAGAUGGAGUUGUUACUCGAAAGGUUUACGGCUCUAUUUAUAACCAGUGCAACUACAGAUCAGACCCAAUCCAAGUCAAAGCAUGUCCUGGAAAUUACUAUGUUUAUAAACUUAUUAGGCCAAAGCUAACAAUGCCAGCUCCAGUAUAUUGUGCAGUUUCAUUUAACACCUCAAAUACGGACCCCUGCUACAACUAUACCAAUCUGGACGAGCCUUGGAGAGCCAGCAACAAUUCUUACUUCGGUAGCGUGUGUGAUUAUAAUGUUGUCUGGAAUGGCUGGUACAGGCUGUUCUACAAUGCUCAGAGUGUCCAGAUGCCAGAUUCAUGUGUUAGCAAUGGCAUGUGUGGCAGUAAUCAGCCACUUUGGCUCAACGGCUCCCACCCAAGUCUGGAAGAUGGAGUGGUCACUCGUCAAGUCUGCAGUCCUACCUGGACUGACUGCUGUGGUUACACAUCUCAUCCCAUACAGGUCAAAGCCUGUCCUGGAAAUUAUUACGUGUAUCAUUUAACCAAGCCAACAUUCUGUUCAUCUUAUUGUGCAGAAGUUACAGAAAUUAGCAACAUAUUAGCAUCUACAACAGCAGUGACAAUAUCAACCCAAGAAUCUCCCAUUGCAACCUCAGAGGCUGAUCCUUUUGACCCCUGCUAUAACUACACUGUGCUCGAUAAUUAUUGGAGAUCAGUUAACAAUACACAGUUCUCCUCCAUACGAUGUGAUAUGUCUGUCAACUGGAACGGCUGGUAUCGUCUCUACAUUAGUGGCCAGAGUGCUCAGAUGCCAGACACAUGUGUUAAUGAGUUGAGCUGUAGUACUCAUGCCCCUCUGUGGCUAAAUGGAGAACAUCCACACGUCGAGGAUGGAGUGGUGACCCGAAGUAUCUGUGGUCACUGGAACAACGACUGCUGCUAUUUUCAUUCCAAUCCCAUUCAAGUGAAAGCCUGCCCUGGAAGUUACUACGUCUAUGAGUUUGUUUCACCAAGCUUUUGUUUUGGGACCUACUGUGCAGAAGUCACUACUUCCAGCUCUGACCCAUGCUUUGGAUACAGUGUUAUUGAUGAAAAUUGGAGAGACUUGCGCCAGGAUUACUAUAACUAUUACUCAUUCUAUGGCCAUGAUGACACUCUUGUUGAUUGGAAGGGCUGGUAUCGGCUGUAUUUGAAUGGAAAAAAUGCUCAACUCUCGGAGUGGUGCGUGACACAAUCAGGAUGUGGUGGUGACAUUGCUCUGUUUCUCAAUGGUUCUCAUCCACGACUUGAGGAUGGGGUGGUGACCCGUGAAGUAUUGGGUACAUGGUCAAGCUCGUCAUGGGUUUGGUGGUGGUGGUGGUAUACGUGGAGCUUCGACCUCUCCAAGCAGUGUGGCUACUACAAAUCCUCCUCCAUCCAAGUUAAAGCCUGUCCUGGAGAUUAUUAUGUCUAUGAACUAGUCAGACCCAAUGCCUCAAUGAUCAGACCUGCAUACUGUACAGUUGCUUUUGACAGUAUUAAUAACGAUCCUUGUUACAACUAUGAAUCUCUGGAUCGUCCCUGGAGAGCCACAAAUGAAAGUGGAUUUUCUGUUAGUGAUGAAUUUUUCUCCUGGAAUGGCUGGUACCGACUUUUCUACAACGGGAUGAACAUCCAAAUGUCAGAGAGCUGUAUUGGUAGAUACGUCUGUAAUGCAUUUAGUGGUCUGUCACUCAAGGGGCCUCACCCUCAGAUUGAUGAUGGAGUGGUGAUCAGAGAGGUCUGUGGAGGCGAAAUGUUUGGCUGUUGUGCUUUCAGAUUAACAGCCAUCAGGGUCAAAGCUUGCCCAGGUGAUUACUAUGUCUAUGAAUUUGUGAAGCCUCUAACAUACUCAAAUUCAGCGUACUGCACAGAUAUUAGUACUGUAACAGAAGCCUUUUCCUCUACAAGCCCGGCUUUAAUUAUUGGGUCCAGCAUGUCCACUUUCAACAGAGAUUAUGACCCAUGCAAUGAUUACAACAUUCUUGACAACCACUGGAGAAGCACACUAAACUACAGAGCUCAAUAUUAUUUUGAUGACAGUCGUGUUGAAUGGCAGGGCUGGUAUCGACUCUACAUCAAUGGAAUUAGCGCUCAGAUGCCUGAGUGGUGUUUCAUUUAUAUGUCAUGUGGAGGAUUUAGUUCUCUAUGGCUUGGUGGACCUCAUCCUCAGUUAGAAGACGGAGUUGUUAUUCGGGAAGUCUACGGCUCUGUUAAUGACCAGUGCAGUUCCUAUCAAUCCAACCCAAUCCAAGUCAAAGCUUGUACUGGGAAUUACUAUGUCUACGAAUUUAAAAAACCAAAAAUAUCAAUUCCAGCUCCUACAUAUUGUGCAGAUCCAUUUACCACUCCAAGUGUUGACCCUUGCUACAACUACAACAGUCUGGAUGAGCCAUGGAGAGCCACUGACCACCCAUACUAUGAUAAAUAUUAUUAUUACAAUGUAAUGUGUGAUUAUAAUGCCUGGUCCUGGAAUGGCUGGUACAGGCUGUUCUACAAUGGUCAGAGCGUCCAGAUGCCAGAGUCAUGUGUUAGUGCUGGUAUGUGUGGCACUAAUUACCCACUUUGGCUCAAUGGCUCCCAUCCACGACUGGAAGAUGGAGUGGUCACCCGAGAAGUCUGUGGUUCCUCAUGGAGUGGCUGCUGUAGCUUCAAAUCUCAUCCCAUUCAGGUCAAAGCUUGUCCGGGAAACUAUUAUGUAUAUGAGUUUGUCAGGCCACAAUUAUGCUCUGCUUAUUGUGCAGAUAUCAGCACCAUAAAUACAACAACAACAACAACAAAUAUUUCCUCAGGUCCAUUUUAUCCAUUUGGAUUUGGAGACACAGAAACUAAUCGUUCUGAUGAUGGCAUUUCAUCAGUCAUCUACUUUCGACGACCAUUUAUAUUUUUUGGACAGACAUACAACCAAGUAUAUAUCAGCAACAAUGGAUUCUUGACUUUUGACUGGCCAUGGUACAGCUACUAUCCAUACCAAUUCCCAGGUUAUGGUGGGCAAGACAUCAUUGCUCCAUUGUGGGCAGAUAUUGAUAACCGCUUCACUGGUGUCAUUUCAUAUCAGCAGUACACCUACGGCAGUGUCAUUUCAAAUGCCACACAAGACAUUAACCUAUACUUCCCUGACCUGCGCUUUUCGGCUACUUGGGUCUUUGUUGUAACAUGGGACAGAGUUCCAUAUUAUCCAAUUUCAAGAACCGAAACAUCUUUUCAAGUGGUUUUCAUUUCUGAUGGCCAUUUAUCCUUUAUUUUGAUGAAUUAUGGAAAAGUUGCUCCAACUCAUCGAUUUGUACAGGCUGGUUAUGACACCAACAGUUCUAGAUGCUACUUCUCAAUUACGAGUUCGCUACAGAAUGAAACCACAAACUUAACCUACAGCAGCAAUGUCAAUGUGCCUGGCAGAUGGGCCUUCAGAACAGAUCAUAGAUCACGCUGUUGUCAGUUUAAUGAAGAUCACUGUUCUGAGUUCAACUGCACUGAGAAUGAACAUUGUAAAAAGAAACAUGGUGUUUAUGGCUGUUCCUGCAAGAAGAACCAUCACAGAUCUCAUCCUUCAGCAGCAGACUCCUUUGACUUCACUGAAACCUGUGAAAACAGCCAUGGCUCCAUAUCUCUGUCUCGCUGUCAGCUUUUUGAUGCUGGCUUUCCUUCUGACAUCUUACACCUCAAUGACCCCAGCUGCAGAGGAACAGUCCGAGAUGGCCAAGUGGAGUUUUACUUUGACAACAACGAACACAUUUGUGGCACAAGUCUAACAGCCAAUGGCACACACAUCAUCUAUGAGAACUUUAUUAAGGGAGAACCAAACACAACUGGACUUCUCGUUAGCAGAGCAAAAGUCCUGAAGCUUUCUUUCAGCUGUGUUUAUUUGCAAACACAAACACUCUCCAUGGACAUCAACCCUCUUGAGAGCAAAGUGCACAAGACCCUUCCUGCUGGUCAAGGUACAUAUCGGGUCCGAAUGAUUCCAUACCAGGAUGCAGAGUUCCUCCACCCCUUCACUGGUAACGUGGCUAAGGAGGUGAGCAAACGCAUUUUUGUGGAGGUUCGCGUUGAUGGAGUUGACGACCGUCAGUUUGCCUCAGUGAUCGACACAUGUUGGGCUACACCUGUGAACGAUCCUCACGAUUCUCUCCGCUGGGACCUCAUUGUUGACAGGUGUCCCAAUCCAAAUGACGAUACAGUGGAGCUGGUGGAGAAUGGCGAUUCCAUGGUCAGCCGUUUCUCAUUUGAGAUGUUUAUCUUCACUGCAAACUCCACAAAGGUUUACCUGCACUGCGCUAUUCACCUUUGCCUUCUGAUAGACAAUCACUGCUCAGUGAACUGUGACUCUGAACACCACAGAAGACAAGCAAGAUCUGCGGAUAUUCAUGACAGUGCUCACAUAUCACUGGGUCCAUUCAUGUGGUCUGAAAAUGACAAAGAUUUGCCGGUGCCACGCCAAGUGCCAGUAGCAUGAGCUCCAUCUCUGAGUGUUUUUCUUACUGUAUUGCUUAUUUCUCUGAUGUGUUUGCUGAUAUUCUUCUAGAAUAUUUCCACUAAGAGACUUUGCAUGUUUAAUCUAAACUGUUUGUCUCUUUCUUAAUGAAUGUUGCAUUCCAUUCCACACCAUUACAUAUGUUCUAUAAAGGACUUUUGUGUGUUUAUCUAGAAAAUAAUCAGUUAAUUAAAAUAUUUUUACAUUUACAAAAUUGCAUUUGUAUCAGAUUCUGUAAGUAUAUGUACAACAAUGCCAUAAAUAAUGAGACUGUGCAAAUCACACAAACAUGGUGACAUUUAUUGGUCAAAACUGUUUUUUUUAUUUCUGUUUUGCUGUAUUUUUCUUUUGUUGUAUGUAUAUUAGUGAAAUAGAAAUAUGCAUUUUACAUAUAUUACUUCUAUAAAAAACAAAAUAAUUAACAGAAUGAACUGGUUUUACUUCAUUCUUCACUGAUGCAGACUUUUGUUAUAUAUUUAAAGAGAAUUACAUACAACACAACAUUUGCGAAAUCAAUGAAUUUAGAAAUGAUCAAAACUAUGAUUUUAAUACACA